AUUGGCUGCUGUACGGCCCGCUUCCGGAUGGCCCCGCCCCCUCCGAGUUCCCAUUGGCUCUCUAGUCCAUCCACUUCCGCCACGCCUCGCGUUCCCUCGGGCGCUGAUUGGCUGAAGCGGGUCAGCGGCGCGGCCGGGCCGCCACGUUAGGGAAGGAAGGGCCGCGGGCGGCAGGAGGCGCUGCGGACGCCGGUCGCCUUUCGCCCGCUCGCUGGAGGGCCCGUCCCGGGAACCCCGAGCCCCCUCUCGCCUUCCCCUCGUAGCGGCGCCUCAGCCCGCGAGGGAAAGUCCCGUCCAGCCCUGGUGACACGCGGCGGCGCCCAGCGUGACGUCACCUCCGCGACACGCGCCGAUUGGUCCGCGCGCGCCAGUGGGCCAUGGCGGGGCGGAGCGGCGUACGGCGGUUCCGAUUCGCGGAGGGGACGGCCGCGCUGGUGCUGCGCAUUCCCGAGGUGGCGGACUCGCAGUACGGGCUGUACGUGUGGCCCUGCGCCGUGGUGCUGGCGCAGUUCCUGUGGGCGCACCGGGACGACCUGCCCGGGAAGCGAGUGCUGGAGGUGGGGGCCGGCGCUGGCUUGCCCGGCGUGCUGGCGGCCCGGUGCGGAGCAGAGGUGAUCCUAUCGGACAGCGAGGAGCUGCCGCGCUGCCUGCAGCACUGCCGGCGCAGCUGCCGGCUGAACGGGCUGCCCCACGUGCCGGUGCUUGGGCUCACAUGGGGGCGGCUGCCGCUGCUCACCCUGCCACCCCUCGACAUCAUCCUGGGCUCAGAUGUGUUCUUUGACCCAAAAGACUUUGAAGAUAUUUUAACCACGGUUUACUACUUGCUGGAGAAGAAUCCACAUGCCCAAUUCUGGACCACUUACCAAGUCCGAAGUGCAGACUGGUCUAUCGAAGCUUGGCUCUGCAAAUGGAAACUGAAGGCCACCCACAUUCCCUUACAUUUGUUCAGCGCAGACAAAGAACACCUGGCUGGCUCUUCUCUGCCAGGAAGACACACAAUCGAAAUGAUGAUCAUCUCACUAACCACACCAGAUGGGACUUAACAUUAUUCCACUUGUUGGUUCCAGUACAAGAUGAUACUGAACUGUUUGCUGUAGCGUGGAUCUGCAGAAAGCAGUCCUGUUGACUGCAACCCUUAUGUGGAUUUUUUGGGGAGCACAUCAUCGUUGCAGCAAUUCUUAAAAUGUGCAUUGUAAAAAUAAAGCUGUUUAAUUUGUUUA